AUGUUUGAAGAGGUAUCACCGCAAUUUACAUUUGCAGAGAAAGAGAAACAGACCUUAGCGUUCUGGCGUGAAAACGACAUCUUCCAGAAGAGUAUGGAGAUGUACAAGGACGCGCCGCCCUUCGUUUUUUUAGAGGGACCACCGUUUGCAAAUGCACCACCCGGUGUGCAUCACGUCCUCGCGCGCAUCAUGAAAGAUGCAGUGUGCCGCUAUAAGACGAUGACGGGACAUUACGUCCUCCGUAAAGCAGGUUGGGACACCCACGGACUCCCUGUCGAAUAUCAGGUCGAAAAGCAACUCAAUAUUACAAAUAAAGCAGAAUUAGAGGCUUACGGCGUUCAGAACUUUAUCGAAAAGUGUAAGGAAAACGUGUUCCAAUUCGAGCAGGAUUGGCGAGAGAUGACAGAACGCAUCGGAUUCUGGGUCAAUCUGGAUGAAGCCUACAUCACGUUGUCAAACGAUUACAUUGAGAGUGUCUGGUGGGUGCUGCGACAAGCGUGGGAUAAGGAACUGCUAUAUCAGGGGCAUAAGGUGCAGCCGUAUUGUUAUCGGUGUGGCACCACCUUAGCAAGCCACGAAGUCGCGCUCGGUUACCAAGAGGUCGCCGAUCCGUCUAUCUUCGUUCGGUUUCCAUUGAAAAACAGGGAGAACACCUAUCUACUCGUCUGGACGACGACACCAUGGACGCUACCCUCUAACGUCGCUGUCGCUGUCGGCGAGGACUACGACUACGUCGCAGUUGAAGAGCACAACGGGCAACAGCUCAUCCUCGCGAAAGAGUGUAUGCCGAGCCUGUUUGGAGAUGAACCGCCGCAGAUCGUCGAAACCUAUAAGGGUACCGAUCUCCGUGAUUGGGAAUACGAACCACUCUUUGACAGUGGCGAACAUCCGGAAAAAUCCCACUAUGUCGUCACCGGAGAUUUCGUAACAACGACAGAGGGCAGCGGCUUGGUCCACAUUGCUCCCGCCUUCGGGCAAGAUGACUACGACAUCGGACAAAAAUACAACCUACCGUUGGUGCAAUUGGUAGGUGCCGAUGGCAGAUUUGUUUCGGAGGUUAAAGAGUCGUGGGCAGGUGAAUACGUCAAAGAUGCCGACCCACAAAUCAUUGAGAACUUGGACGGGCGCGGAUUGUUGUUCAAAGCAACUGAAUAUACCCACCAAUAUCCGUUCUGUUGGCGAUGCGAUACACCGCUGCUCUACUACGCACGCGAAUCGUGGUUUAUCCGGACGACCGCUAUUCGGGACCAGAUGCACCAGCACAAUCAAGAAAUCAACUGGUAUCCUGAGCAUAUCAAAGACGGACGUUUUGGGAAUUGGUUGGAAAACAAUAUUGACUGGGGUUUGAGUCGUGAACGCUAUUGGGGUACGCCACUGCCGGUCUGGGCGUGUGAUGAUUGCGGACACCAACACUGUGUCGGCAGUAUCGCCGAAUUGAAAUCACUCGGCACGGAUGUACCCGAUGAUAUUGAAUUACACCGUCCGUAUGUGGACGACGUUGUCCUCAACUGCAAGAAAUGCAGCGGCACGAUGCAUCGCGUACAAGAUGUAAUUGACUGCUGGUUCGACUCCGGCUGCGCACACACCGCACAAUGGCACUACCCUUUUGAAAACAAGGAGCUAUUUGAACAGGCUUAUCCAGCAGAUUUCAUCUCCGAAGCCAUCGAUCAGACCCGUGGCUGGUUCUAUAGCCUCUUGGCGACCAGCACACUCCUCUAUGAUAAGCCUGCCUACAAAAAUUGUCUCUGUCUCGAACUUAUCCUCGCCGCCGAUGGACAAAAAAUGAGUAAGAGUCGAGGGAACACGGUGGAUCCGUGGACAAUUUUAGACGAGCAGGGCGCGGAUGCGAUGCGGUGGUAUAUGUUCACGGGAUCGCCACCGUGGGCACAGCGGACUUUCAAAAUUGAUGGCGUUGACGAAGCAUUGAAAAAGUUCAUGGGAACCCUCCAGAACGUCUAUAGCUUCUUCGUGAUGUAUGCCAACUUAGAACAGAUUGAUGUUUUGCAAGAUACACCGCCGGUUGCGGAACGUACCGUUGUAGAUAGGUGGAUCUUGUCUCGUCUCCACACGCUCAUCGACGGCGUGCGUGAUGAGAUGGAGAACUACCAACUCACGAACGCGCCACGUGCGAUUGAGGCGUUUAUGAGGGACCUCAGCAACUGGAUGUCCGUCGCACCCGCGACCGUUUCUGGGGUGCAGAAAGCCGGACCUGAUAAGCAAGCCGAUUAUGCCACGCUUUAUGAGGUACUUGUUACUGUGGUGAAAAUCGCUGCACCAUUCGUCCCAUUUGGCGGAUGA